AUGGAAUCCUCUGUUCUGGAGUCUUUGGAGUGUCGUAAUGACUACCGUAGUCACAUUCGCUGUAGCUGGAGGAAAAAUCCCAGUCUUUCUCUUUCUCUGUUCCACAUGGACCCAGACAACUGCAAAGUUGCUCCCUGUGUUCGUAUUCCCGUCCCUUCCCAGAAUGCUCCUGGGCAGGAGAGAGUGUUUUGCCGUUAUAACACAUCGCUGUUUGCCAUUGGCUUUGAUGAUGUGUUUUUCUUCCACACGCCACAUUCUCCUGGUGUUUCCAGAACCUACAAUCUCACUAAAUCCAAUGACACAAAGUGGAUUUUUAAGCAGGUGAAUGACAUAUUAUCUCCCUCGUGUUUAAGCCCUGAUUGUUCGAAAACUCUUUUGACCUCUGACCCCUUCAGACAACAUGACCAUCGACACACAGAAGUGGACGUCAUUCAUCAAUCAGCAAAUGAAAAAGUGAACAAGAUUGAAACAGAGGGAAGCGGGAUGCUGUUUGACAGACCCACAUUGAUGUUUGACUAUGAGCUUCCUGGUCCCACUAACCUACGCUGUGUGUACCGUGGUGAGAGGAACGUGAGCUGUAGUUGGAAGCUGACGACAGAUGUGGCGCAGUACAUCAGCUAUACGCUUUCAUACAGAACACACUCUAGUUCACUGGGUGAGUGGUGCUGUGUUGAUAACGUGGAGGUCACGAAUUCGAGGGGUCUGUUGAGAAUGGUUGGCGUUUUCAGCAUUUUUGAACCUGGAGUACAGGAGGUGCAACUUACACCAACACCAGUGACCAGAGUCAUCCACGCCUACAAACACAUCCAACCUGCGUGUCCCACGGCUCUAUGUGUCGAGCUUAGCAGAGAGGACUGGAUCCUUAACUGGACUCUCCCCAAGUACCGCACCAUACGUCUUACUUCCCAGCUUGAGUACUGGAGCACAUUAACUCCUAAGGAUGUGAAGACCAUCUCUCUCCCUGAUCCAGUGACGGUCUUUUCUAUACCAGAACGCUCUCUUAUUGGUUCCUCAGAGUACCGGGCUCGGGUCCGAUGCAGUUUGAGCAUGCCCAGACGUCCGGGACAGCGUUACGCUGGAUAUCCUUCAGAGUGGACCGACCUUGUCAGCUGGACCACACAACCUGAACCUCUCGUGCCCCGUCUGGUUGCAUUUGUCCUGUAUUUCCUCAUCGCGACCCUCUCAGUAGCCAUUUCUGUUGUAGUUUUCUUCAUUCUUGUUGUCACGCAGAGAAGGCUGAGAGACUGGAAAGCGUCUCUUCCGUCUCCCGUUCACAGUAAAGUCUCUAAGGUGAGACAGCUUCCGCGGAGAGAUCUCCUGACCAGUUGUAGAGAACUAAAGGAUCCAGAUAUCAGCAGCGUUCAGAUCGUGGGGGUUUGCCCUCUGCCGUCCUCAUUUGACUCGGAAAGCGCCAAAAUCGAGCAGAAUCAAGUUAUUUUGCACAUUGAUGAUCCAUGUGUUGUAUCUACACCAAAACCUUUGGGGGGUCUUAUGAGAAUGGACCUCACACAUUGUGACAGUGCAUUUCAACCUCACACUUUCAGGCUCAGUGACGCAGUUCUACCGUGUUCAGAGGGAUACAUGCAGAAUCCUGCGACCUACACUGACACUACCCAAAAUGCUUUGCAGGUUUGCCACUGGGACACUGAAAUGAAUUACGGGUACAUAAACUGUAUAGAGUCUGAUUUGUUUUUAAGCCAAGGAAAGAAAAACAACUGUUCACUGCAUACACAAGGUUUAAACACUCACGGUUUCCUUCCACAUCUUCCAAUGUGCCCAGGAAGAUUCUUUAAAUCCAAAGCAUUUUAAUCCCCCAAAAAUUUCAGCAACCUUGGAUUUUGUAUGCCGUUCCCAAACCGACCACUAGGGGAUGGUGUAGUAUUGCGUUUGUUUUGACACUUUGGGUUUUAUUGUGAAGCUUCUUAACCCUGGCUUUGCAUAACUGUCCCACCCAUUAAAAUGUACUUGUUAACACAAUCA